UCUGUUUUUAAGACUUGCUGGUGAGCAGUUUAGCACAGUGUAGAGUUUGUGUUUCAUAGCAUUAGCAUGGCUCUGCAGUACGCUUGGAUUAGCUCUGCAGUACACAUUUUGUUAGUAUGUGUCUGUACUGCACAGUUAAAGCCACAGGAUUCACAGCAGUGGCUGCCGUUUCAGCCUCCUCUGAGCCAAAUGAACACGCAGGUAUCAUCUGGCAAUGCAGUGAUUCAGAGGCUCCCGCAGCCGCAGCUCCUGCCGCAGCAGCUCCUGCAAGCUUCUCCAUUGUAUCAGGCUGCCCAAGUAGCUGCAAACCAGCCAGUGAUUCAGAGGCUCCCGCAGCUCCUGCAGCAGCAGCUCCUGCAGCAGCAGCUCCUGCAAGCUCCUCCAUCAUACCAGGCUGCCCAAGUAGCUGCAAGCCAGCCAGCGAUUCAGAGGCUCCCGCAGCAGUCCUUGCAGGUUCCUGUAUCCUAUCCGUUGGCAGCUGCAGGCCAAGCAGUGGAUUCUAAGCUCCUACCGCCACUGUAUCAGGUUCCCCAAAGCCAGCUAGAGGUUAAGGGAGCUGUGAAAAGCCAAGAAGUCGCGCAGCUGAGGCCACAGGUGCAAUCUGUGAGCGCUGAUUGCCAGGAGAGCUCUGUGCUGGUGGCUGUGCACAGGGACUUGUUUGGUAUUGGCCGGCUGAUCGACCCAUCUGAUGUCACCCUGGGAGGCUGUGCUUCAACUGGGCAGGAUUCCUCUGGGCAGGUGCUGAUGUUUCAGACUGAGCUACAGAACUGUGGCAGCACAAUGAUGAUGACUGAGGAUACCCUCAUCUACACCUUCACCCUGGUGUACACACCCAAAGAGCUUGGGCCUGGAGCUCCUAUAGUGAGGACCAAUGCAGCAACUGUCAACAUCGCAUGUUAUUACUUGAGGAAGCAGAAUGUGAGCAGCAAUGCCCUGGUGCCAACCUGGGUGCCAUUCCUCACCACCCUGUCUGCUGUGGACAAAUUGGUCUUCACCCUGAGGCUCAUGACUGAUGACUGGAAGGCUGAGAGGACCUCCAAUGUCUAUAGCUUGGGAGAUGUGGUGAACAUUGAGGCUGCAGUCAUAGUGUCCCACCAUGUGCCCCUGCGUGUCUUUGUGGAUAGUUGUGUCGCCACCUUGGUCCCUGAUGUGAAUGCUGUGCCCAGCUACACCUUUGUUGUGAACCAUGGGUGCCUAAUUGAUGCAAAGCUGACCGGCUCUGGCUCUCAGUUCAUGCCAAGAACCCAGGAUGACAAGCUGCAGAUGCAGCUGGAGGCCUUCAGGUUCUCUCAGCAGAAUAGCAGCUUGAUGUACAUUACUUGCCUGUUGAAAGCAACUGUGGCUUCUGCUGCCUUGGACAUGGGGUACAAGGCCUGUUCCUUCUCCACUGUGGCUAACAGAUGGGUGGAUGCAAGUGGGGGGGACCAGCUGUGUGGCUGCUGUGACACAAGCUGUGAUCUCCGGAAGGGCAGGAGCCUGGAUGAUGAAGCCCCACAGUGGCAGGAUGAAGCUCUCCUGGGUCCUUUCAUUGUGUUGGAGAAGCCUUUGCUGGCUGAUGUGAAAGCUGAAGCCCAGGAAUCAGCCCAGAAUGCAGUGGAACCAGUUACAGCAGGCUUCUCAGCUGAGAUGGUGGCCCUGGCUGGAAUAGUGGCUGCAGUGGGGCUGGUCUCAAUGGUAGUACUGGGAGCUGUGAUUCGCUGGAAGUGAAAUGUCAUUUGCUGUAUGAAGUUAAACCAAUAAAUGUACUUCAUGCUGGG